UUAUGAGUGAAUAGUUUUUCUAAGGAAUAAAGUUUACCGACAUAAACUACACACUGAAAACACCCGAACAUGGCUUUCUCUGUUCCUUUGUCUUCUACGCGUCUGCUGGUGCCUCCACUACGUCUCAUAUCUGCCUUCAUGUGGAGAGUGGUGCAGCAGCAGAAACUGGAGCAUUACGAUAAAGUGGAAGAGAACAUCUUAUUUAUUACCAAGAUAUUUCCUGAGAUUUUGAGCGAGAGGCAGAGGAGUGCUUUAAUUAUGGGUUUAAGAGCGAAGAUGAUCCUGGAAAUGUGCAGAGAUGAUUUGCCAGCUGAUUUAGAGACUGUCAAGGCAUGUCUUAAUUCUGCUGAGUCUGCUAAUAUGUCUAAGACCACUGGUUCAGAUGUGCAGGCUUUACAGGGCAGACUGUUACAGCUUGUUGUAAGCCUGCUUGAGGACCCAGUUAAAAAGCAGCAUUUCUUUCAGGAGGUGUUCCCAGUUGAGUACGGUCCCGAAUUUGACAAAUCGAUUGAAGUUCUGGUGAGGUAUUUUCUAUCCAGGUUGGAACAGCUUCUGCCAGUACCGAACUUUGAACAGGCUGCUCAGUGGCUGGAUACUGAAUCCUCAUGUUGGGAGGAUUUGGUUCAGGUUAAUUGGUAUCCUGACAACCUGCUUCCCUUGUGGAAAAGUGACUAUUGUGGAAUCUUGGAGGCAAAUGUGCUCUCAUCUGUAGUGGAGGACAGGAUCAUCUCCUCUCUAUCACUCGCUCUCUUGGCUAAUGUGGACUCACCCAUUGUGGAUCAGACUGAUAACCUCCUGCUCAGCUUGGAAACAAUCUCCCAGGAUUUGAACCUGGAGAGUGGGACAGGGAUUUCAGUCUUUGAUGUCUUUACUAGUAACCAGGAUGUGAACAAGGAGAACGAGACUGUUGUACAUCAUCAUGACAUCUUCACCACAGAUCAAACAGAUGAUCAGAAUGAGACUGAGCUGGCUGAGGAGUUUGUAUCAGCUCAGUCCAACAUCUUAGAAAAAAAGGAUUUGAGCGAGAGAAUGAAUGAAAGUUCUUUUUGUGAUACUGCAGUUCAGACGCUGAAAACCUCUCAGCAUGAACGUGAAACAGAAGUGGAGGAUGUUAGGCCUGAAGCAAGCACACUGGGCUCUGAAAUAAAUGCAGAUCCAGGUCACAGUGGGGACGGAGCUGAUAAACAAGCUGAUGAAAGCACAGCACCUGAGGCCAAGAGUGGACAAAGACUCAAAGUGAUUGUUCCUAAACAUCUGGUACCUGUAGUUAAACAAAUCAGUCUGCCCUCAGUGUUGCUAACACGCUGCACCAGCAGUGAAACAGUGCCACUCAAAGCUGUUCCUGCCAAAAACACAGUCCGUUUGCGUAACACAAGUCUUUCAGGCAAUACAAGAAUACAGACAAGAAGGCAGACAAGAUUGCACAAAGAAAGACCUGCUAGUACAGGAAACUACAAAUGCGUGACCUGUAACCUAAGUUUUAAAACACACUUCCAGGCUUCUAUACACAAACGUAGAUGGCAUACAAAUUUUAUGUACUCCUGCCCUAAAUGUGAUAAGAGUUUCAAAUCAAUGAAGGCUUGGACAAGACACCGCUCAGAGCACAAAGAGGAAAAGCCUCAGCAGUGUACUGACUGUGGAGAACAAUGUCCAAGCCUGCAAGCUUUAGUAGCUCACUCUAAGAUCCAUAACCACGUGGUAAGCCAAGAUGUGCAGAGCCCAGAAAAAGCCACUCCUCCUCAGAAGCGCUGCCCAGGAGAGUGCCGGUUUUGCGGCAAAACGUUCACUCCAAUCGAGCUGAGGAACCAUCUGAAAACACACCCGGAGUUCCGACCUCACCAGUGCGAUCACUGUGGAAAGUGUUUCGCUAACUUGGGCAACUUGUUGGCUCAUAUCUCAAACCACACAGGAGAAAAACCUCACAGCUGCUUACACUGUGGCAAGAAAUUCUUCAGCAAGGCACUACUAAAGGCACACAUGAAGACUCAUUCAUCCCAUCCAUCAUACUGCUGCUCUUACUGCGGUAAAUGCUUCCAAAAUGCCGGGAAUCUCAACAUCCACUUGAGGAUCCACACUGGUGAGAAACCGUACCAGUGUAUGGAGUGCGGAAAGGCUUUCAGCUCGGCCGGCCAACUACAGGUUCACAAGCGCUGCCACACUGGAGAAAAGCCGUACCAGUGUGAAGUCUGCGGGAGAGGCUUUGUCGUGUCGAGUCAUCGCACAAUACACAUGAGGUCACAUACUGGGUUUAAACCGUAUGCGUGUGAAAUCUGCGGAAAGACUUUUGCGAGGAAAAACUGCUGGAAUGAUCAUCUGUACAGUCACACGGAUGCUAAACCGUUUUCAUGCUCCCUCUGCACAAAGAGCUUUACACGCCGUACUCAUUUAAAAAGACACAUGGAGAGCCACAGUAGUAAAAAUGGUCACGGUGGUGAUAAUGCUGAAAGUGCUGAUCCUGCUGAGGUUGGUGAUAAUGGUGAUAAUGGCCAUAUUUUUGACCAAGGCGAUGUUGUUUAGAAUUUGCAUAUGUUUCAAAUGUUACAAUAUUUAGUACUUUAAUAAGUAUGUAUGGAUCCUGUAGGGUCUAGUUUUGCAGUGGCAUUUUGACUCUAGAAUUGUGUUUUCCUUUUGGCUGCUUCUGUAUUUAGAGGUCCCCACACCGGAUCAUUCUGGUCUGCAUACGGCCCUUCCUGACACAACCCUGCUUAUUUUUUUUCCAUGCUAGGGAGCGACACUGAGAGUGCACUAGCACUCCCUCAGACAUAGUGAAUUAUAUCUGUGUAGAUGCCAGACUGGCUGAUAGCACCUAAUUCUUCCUCCUUAAGUAUAAACUGGUCAUUCUGUGUGCAUUUUGCAUGUUGUGUCUGUGUGGGUUUCCUCUUUGAGCUCCACUUUCCUCCCUCAGUCUAAAUACAUGUAAGUUAGGUCAGUUGGAGAUACAUAAUUGCCUGUGUUUGAUAUUGAACUUGAACUGAGGAACCAUUUGUAAUCUAUAACUACCUGUCCUGUCAUGAAUGUCACCAAAGUGUAAAACAAAUCAAUUUGUGUAAACAAAUAAUGUUAAAGUGUUUUGAAACAUUCCACAAUAAGCAGGUCAAUUGGUAACAGGUGAGGAAAUCAAGAUUUAUAAAAGGAGAAUCCCCCAGAAGCUCAGUCUGUACAAACAAGCAUGGGUCAUAGCUCACCACUGUGUUCUGAGCUUCAUCAGAGAAUUGUCAAUCGGCUCAAAAACAUUUCUGCUUAUCGAAUCUCAGCUCUGCCAUCCGGCUGGCCUGGGCGACCACAUGAACAACGAUGGCUGUUGUUCACUGGGUGGGAAGAGCCCGACCAGGGUUCCUCAUAACUGGUGCAAUUACGACUUCUGCUGGCUGAUUGAUGGCGCUCGUGCAGAGUUGGGGAAUAAUGCUGAUCAGGGUGUGGCUCUCCAUGCGCAAGGCUGAUCCGCAUAUGAACUCGCCUCAUGCAGGUGAAAAGAUGCAGUCGGUACUGCACACAUGCUGGAGGGGGUUUGUGUCAGUUGUGAGGCACCUCAGUCAGCAGUGGAGGGUAGUAUCGGUAGAGGUGAAGCGUAACGCAAUCAGGGUAAUUGGAUACGACUAAAAAACGUAGAAAAAGAGAGAAAUUUUUUUUUUGCUCACAGUUAAGCACCUGAAGUCUCGUAUUAAGCAAGAAUGGAUAAAAUUUCCCUUUGUAAAACUACAGCAAUUAGUGUUCUUAGUUCCCAAACUGUUACAAGGUCUCAUAAAUAGAAAAGGUGAUGAAACACAGUGCUAAACAUGCUUUUGUCUCAACUAUUUUAGAGUGUGUUGCAGGCAUCAGAUUCUAAAUGUAUUUAUAUUUACAUUUAUAUUCACUACAAUGAUCAGUAUAAACACACAUCAAUGCCAAAUGGGUAAAUAGGCAAAUGUCACGAGUUGUGGUGUAUGUUGAGAUCCCCUGAUUGGUUCUUAAUGUGUCUUUUAAUAAUUUGUUUGCUUUUGUAUUACAAUAGUAUUUUGUAAGUGAAAUCAAAAUAAAAAACGCUGUUUAAUUAAAA